AUGGCUGGUGGACAAUUGUCUCCUGCAUUUCGCCUGGCAGCUGUCCGUGAAGCCGUGCAGGCAGACGGACUCCUGGAGGCAUCAGCCUGGGCCCUUCGCCAGGAGCCAGUCAAGGAGCUGGAGGUGCUGGAGAGCUUGCGAAAGGCUCUCGUCGAGGAGACGGGUCUCAGCUCAAAGUCCGCUCCGCGGGUGAGGGUGGUGGCUGUUUGUGGUGCGGAUGACACCAAGAAGUACCAGAACCUCAAACCCCAGGAGAUGCUCGGGCUGGUGGUCGUGCCGCAGCCAGGCGAGGAGGAGUUUCUUCUCGAGCGCCCCUUGCAACAAGUCUACGUGUCCGAAGCACCGACUGGAAAGGGUGGGAAGCUGACCUCAGAGCAGCUUGCCGAAGCCAUCAAAGGUGGCGACGUGGCCUUCGUAGCGGAGGCUCUUCCAGAGAAUGUUCUGCGGCUCGUCUUGAGGCCGACCCGUGAGGAGGAAAUGGCCUUCGAGCAGGAUCUUGCGAAGCUUUUGCCACAGGUCCCGGACAGCGCUUGGCCCGCCGGAAAGCUGAUGCAGAAGCUUUUGGCCUAUGACCACGAGGGCACCCUGGCGCUGCUCAUUCUCAGUGAUGCCAUGGCGCCCGCCAUGAAGUGCCAUGUAGAUCUGCUGGAGAAGGCGAGGGACAGACUAGAACAGAGAGGCUACAGGGUCGUCGGCAUGUGGCUCUCGCCCUGGAACGAAGCCAGAGUCGAGUCCUCCGGCCGUGGCACGUCUGGGCUGAGCCGCGAGUUCCGCCUGCGCGUGGCACAACAUCUAGCGAACUCCCACGAGUCUCUGGAAGUUGCGUCCUGGGAGCUUUCUCAAGAGGGGAAACCGACGGCCAUCCAGGUUGCACGCAGUUGCCGCGACACUCUGGCCGCGACAUUCCCGAACUCCAUGGAAGGACGUCAGCUCUGCGUCUUCCAUGCCUCCAGCUCCCGAGAUCUCCCGCUCUACAAGAACACCGAGCAACCCUUCAGAGACAACUUGGGAAUGGUGGUCGUGCCGAGCAGCGACGAGGAUUUCCUGCUGGAAAAUCCGUCCCACCUGUCCUACCUCUCCGAGGACAUGGUGGAUGUCUCCCAAAUCGAGCAGAAGCUGCUUCCGACGCUUCGGGAAGGAGACUUGCAGGCCACGGUGCAGUUGCUGGGAGCAGCCGCCGCACGUUUCCUGCUGGCCCCGAGCAAUGGCGAGGGCGACCUGCAGGCAGACUGUGUCAAGCUCGGUGCAAAGCGAAUUGGUGCCACCUUGCUUGCAAAGACGAGGGAGGAUGUCAAGGGGACCUUCCAGCGAGCCCUAGGCCCUGAGGGCGUCCUGAAGGUGGAGGACCUGCGCAAGUUCCUGCAAUGCAUCGACCCGACGCUCAAGGAGAAGGAGAUCGACCAGCUGCUGAACGCAACGCCCAAAAGCGCUUCCGGUCUAGUGGCCGGUGUUGAGUUCCUGGACUGGUUCAGAAAGUCGGAGCCCACGGACGUGUGGCAAAGUGCUGAGGUGCGUGUGAACUCGGAAGGCUUUCUGGAAGCGCCUCUGUAUGUCAUCAUUUCACACCUCUCCUGUGACACCCAAGAAGGGUAUCACAGCGAGAUGCCGCGUGUAAUCCGGGUCAUGGUCCUCUCAUCGGGACUGAAUGUGUUUGAUGCGACGAUUCACAGAAAGGAAGCUGAAGAUACUGGUAUGCCGAAGUCGGUCCAUGCCCGGAUGUCGCCAGUCCUCGGAAGGCAACGAUCGAGCUCCGUCAAAUCCUCAGGUCAGCAGUGGAUCAUACUCCGCGAGGAGUGGUCCGGCUUCUUGGCACAGCGACAGGCGGAGCAGGAUGCCUUUGUUGAACAGCUGCUGCAGCGGAUGCCCCGCCAGCAUGUGGACGAGAAGCUUUCGGGGUUCUCGGACUCCUCGCCGAGCAGAUCUGAAGAAAGUCACGCUCAGAACAACUCGGCUGUGCAGCUGCAGCCGAUCAGGUCUGAGAAGAUGAUGGUUUUCGAAGACUUCGCCACCGAGGCAGCGACUCGAAUGAGGCAGUUCGUUGGAGACGAGGAGGACGAGGUGAGCCAUUCCCAGAGCACCAGCCACAGAAGGAUUGGCAGCACCCACUCUCGAGGCAAGAGCACUGUCUCUUCCGAAGAAGAUAACGAGCGGCUUCAUUCGGUUCGCGAGUUCGAGAAGAGGACCUCAAACAUGGAGAACGUCUUGUUUGCCAUUGAAAGCAGCCACAGGCUCAAGCGAUGGUUCAACCGCAUUCCCUGGGGACAAAGGAUAUUGCAGUCUAUCAUCUCGUGGAUGCGUUGGCUUUGCAGUCUGCAUGAGCCGGAAAGACGCGGCUGCUGUCAAGCAAUCCUCAACAGCACCCUGUUCUGCUCUUUCUGCACACUGGUGAUCCUCGCGAAUGUCCUCGUCAUCCUGUACACGGCAAACUGGACAUUGCAGAACGAAUCCUUCGACGUUCCAUACGCAGUGUCAGGCCUAGACAUCUUUUUCUGUGCAGUGUACCUUCUUGAGUCUGGCCUGAAGAUGCGUGUCCACAAAGCCUACUUCUUCUGGAACGAGGAGGCUCCUUGGAAUGUGUUCGACUUAAUACUGGUAAUACUCGCGGUGUACGACCUGAUCGUCUCCUUGCAGUACGAUGACGGACAUUCCGCCAACAUGAACUUCAUGAGGUCCUUAAGAGUGGUCAAGGUGUCGCGGAUCCUGAGGCUUGUCCGGGUCAUCCGGGUCUUCCGAGAUCUGCGGUGCAUGCUGUUCUCAAUUAUCUGGUCAUUCAGUUCUCUUUUCUGGUGUUUGGUGCUCAUCUUCUUCGUCAUUCUGGUGUUCUCGCUGCUGAUUGUGCAGUUGGUCACCGAGCACAUCGUUGAGAAGGAUGUGGAUGGCCUCGUCAAAGAGGACUUCCUUUACUACUUUGGCUCAGUUCAGGUGACCAUGGCGACUCUAUACCAGGCCUGCACUGGUGGAGUGGACUGGAGAAAUCCUUAUGAGCUGCUAGAAUACACUGGCGAGAUGGGCGCUGUUGCCUUCCUCUUCUAUGUGGCUUUCUUCGAGUUUGCGGUCUUCAACGUCCUGACGGGCGUCUUCGUGGAUCACGCGAUGAAAGUGUCCGCAGCUGAUCGGGAGCUGGCCCUGGCGGAGCAGAAGAAGAAGGAGAGAACGGAGGCAGAGCGCCUGCGAGACACCUGUCGCAUCAUCGAUUCGGAUGGGGAUGGCAAGAUCUCCUGGGUUGAAUUCCAUGACUUCCUGCAGUUCGAAAAUGGCUACCGGAACAUGGCUUCCCUGGGUCUUGACAUCUUCGAUUCCAAGAAAUUCUUCAAGAACUUGAUGGUCAUGACGAACCAGCGGGAGAUCGAGAUCACGCAGUUCGUUUCUGGAUGCAUGCGCAUGAAAGGUGCGGCUACCGGCAUUGACCUGCACACGUUAGUCGCCGAGCUCUCCACCUUCCAGCGCCGACAAGAGCAGCUCCAGGAGAUGGUCGCAUCAAUGCUGAGGGAACGCUCGAUAAGGUUCCGAUCGAACGACAGGAUGGGCAGCAUCGUUGCAACACCGGUGUCGCAGGCGGGGGCGAGCGAUCCCACGAUGUUCGCCUCGCAAAGCAAUGCAUCGCUGUCCGAGAGGAGCAACAGCCAGGGCCUUGUGGUCGCAAUCCCAUCAGAAGGCGCCAGGGGCAUCGAUGCAACGCCGUCGAAGCCGCUGCGUGCAGGUGGCCUCCGAAAGUCUCGGUCGGAGUUGAGCCAAAUAUCUGACGGCUUCCUUUCGCUGGAUUCCGUCCUUCCACGGGCUCAGGAGGAUGAAGCCGGCAGCCAGCGGUACAAGCUGCAGAUAUGA